AUGACCAGCGGCGCCACUGACAGAAGCAACACUAUCGGAUUCAUCGGCUUGGGAGCUAUGGGGAAUCAUAUGUUCAAUAACCUUGUCAGCAGAUCCAUAGCGAAAGUCGGCAACAGUGCCAAAUACGCUCUGUUUGACGUGAACGAUGCUGCUGUGGAAGGCGUCAUCCAGCGGCACCAAAAGCAGAACCCAGCUGUGUCUAUACAUCGGUGCUCUUCCCCAUGCGAUGUGGCACAAAAGGCUUCGACGAUUAUUUCGAUGGUGCCCACAGGUCGCCACGUAGAAGACGUUUACCUUGGCGACAGCAGCGUCAUUCGCGCCUUGGAAACGUUGGACGAGCAGCAAAGAUCGGCGACUUUGUGUCUUGACCAGUCCACCAUCGAGCAAAGCGUCAGCAGGUCUGUCGCUCUGAAAUUGAGGGAGACUGGUGCCGACCUAUUGGACGCCCCCGUGUCUGGAGGCAUCACUAUGCUGGGUCUAAGUGAGGCCAUGCUGCUGGGCAAGAGGCUCGGUGUUGAUCCCCAAGUUCUCGCAGAUAUUAUCAACAAUUCGACGGGGAGAUGUUGGUCUAGUGAGAUCAACCAUCCCGUUCCGGAAGUCAAGGUAGGACAUACAAGCCCUCCAGCCCAUCGUAAAUACGCGGGAGGCUUCGUUACCAGCCUAGCGCACAAGGAUCUGGCCUUGGCUGUGAAGGCUGCUAUGGAAGUAAACUCGCCACUGCCGCUCGGAAGACGUGUCGAAGAGGUUUAUCGACCUCUUGCUCAGACGACCGAAUGGGGAAGUCGCGACUUCAGUGUUGUCUAUGAGGCACUCGACGAGGCGAUAGUUGGGCAUGAUACUAAGAAGGUCGAGCUGUAA